CUGUGAGGCGUAUUCGAACUCCGAAAUGCCGAGUAAAGUGCAGACCACGGUUAACUCGUGUCACGAGCUUGUGUUCAAACCAGUUCGAAUAAACUGUUCCAACGAACUGCGAGUCUGAGCUCGGUUUACUUUAGCUAUUUUUUGAGUGGGAAUAGUAUUGAUGUGAGCACACUAGUGCUUUAAUGAACUUUAAAAGUUUUCCAAAUUGCAGGACACAAUGGAGAACGUAUCCGUGUCGAAGGGGAUAUUUGCAUUCCCAGGGAAAUACAGGAUUGGUGACAAAAAAAGAAAAGCAACAAAACCUGUAUUUUGUACAGAACCAUGGUAUAUUGCUUACAAAGAAGCAUGGUCAAUUAUCCAAACAGCCGCUGAGAACAUAAAUUCGAAAAUGUUUACCAAACUUCUGGUGGAUUUGAAGUUAUAUGCUUCGACGAUAAAUUACGAUACAUUAUCUGGGGAAAUACCUACAGCUAUUUUACUCACGGGUGUUAAUUUACCUGACCAUGCAACGCUAUUUAAUUUAUUGGCACAUGAAUUCAAAGAUAUUACCCAACAUGUUGCAAUUAUACAGCGUAGAGACUCUUAUAACUUGAAAAACAUGUUGGAAGAAACCGUAUACCAACUCAUAAAUGUUUCUGAGAACACGAGUCUGAAUAUGAAGAAAUAUCAAUGCACCCCAAGUGUACUAAAUGCUUGGUAUGAAGAAUGCACAUCAAAACAACCCCUACUAAUAAUUAUUCCAGAGUUUGAAAGUUCUUCUGCUGAUAUUUUGCAAGAAUUUAUUCUUAUAUUGAGUGUUUAUUCGAAACAAAUUAAAUUUAUUUUAAUUUUCGGAGUGGCAACGGCUUUGCACGCUGUGCACAGAUCUUUGCCACAUCAUGUAACGUCUAAGUUGCAAGUUCAGGUGUUUCAAGCUCAAUCGCAGGUGAAAAGUCUUUCAAGUGUAUUUGAGGGUAUCGUACUUUCUACGGAAACUUCUUUUAAAUUAACUGGACGGGCGUUUCAGUUACUCACAGAUAUAUUUCUGUUCUAUGAUUUUUCCGUCCGCGGAUUUUUGGAAGGGUAUAAGCUAUGUAUGAUGCAACAUUUUUACGGAAAUAACAUCAACGCUUUGUGCUGUAAUAAAAAGGAUGAAAUAAAAUCUAAAAUAUCCGCAUUAACGAGCGCGGAUUUGAAAGAGAUAAUGAAACUGGAUUCCAUCGCCAAAUAUAUCCAGGAAUUACCAAAAGAGAAACGCGAAUCUUUGCGAGACGAUGAGUUUGAGUUUAAGGAGUUGCUUUUGACAUUGAUGAACCAGAUAUUUGAUUUUACAUGGACGUUUCAAAUAUUUCUAAAAUGUUUGCAUUGCGUUACUUCGGAUCUUCCGAAUGCCCCGCUCGGUAAGCAGUUGAGAGAAACGUACGCCAAAGCAGCAAGCUGUUCUGUAACCGAUUCUCAGGAGUACAAAGAUUGCUUGCAAUUUUUGGGUUUCAUUUCUAAAGAAGAACUACUCCAGAAACUAGAAUCUAUGGUAAAUAUUAUCGAAAACUCAGGGGCUGCUGACGUAUUGGAGGAUGUUAAACUGAGUCUAAGCAAACAUCGAGAUGCUAUCAGCGAUGCGAACUUGGAGUUAGUUCGAGAGACUACCGAACUCGAUAUAGGAAAUGAAAAAUUCAAUCGAUUUCAGUUGAAAGAGAAACUACUAGAAAUGUCAAAAAAGCAUUCAAUCUCGCCUUACAAGAGGGCCCAAUUGGAUUUCAUCGACUAUUUGGACAAGAAAAUCUUCUCAGUUUAUUUGAAAAAUCCAAUUCUUUUACCUGCCAGUGAAAUAUUUUUCUUCGGCGAUGGAAACUCUGUGAAACAUCACAUUAUCGGAUCUCCACGCGCUGCCAUCCACACUGGUUUAAAUGACCCGCAAGCGUAUCUGGACUGUUCCUGCUGCACUUCGAACAACGAACAAUCAAUCCUUGCCACUCUACCUGACUUGAGCAUUAUUUACAAGCUUCAUUUGGAAUGUGGAAGGCUCAUUAACAUGUACGACUGGCUGCAGGCUUUCCUAACCAUCGUGUGCCCAGAGAUAUCGGGGGAGGAGCAACGGGAAGUAGAUCCAGAGCUGCAAGCACGGUUUACUCGGGCAGUGGCGGAACUACAGUUUCUAGGAUUCAUCAAAACCUCGAGAAAAAAGACUGAUCACGUUAUGCGACUCACUUGGGGGUGCAGUUAACUUUAAUAACUUCAAAGUAUUAAGAGUUGUACAAUUUACGCUGUUUCUUGGCACGAUAAAAAGCUCACUUUUCAUCAA